GUGACCAAGGACUCUUGGAAGUUAAGUAUAUGUCCCCACGAUAUUGUCUGCGUAAUAUUCGUGUCUGACCAUAGCUCGAUACAGAAUUUGCGUGAUAGUGCUCUUUUUCUGCAGCGAAUAGUUACAUUAAUUACCCUGAAGUGCGAAAUUUUACGAUUUAACAAUACAAAUGUACACGAUACAUGUAUUGACAUUCGGGUUAUGAUUAUGAUUGGGUUCUUUUAAAUGUUUUAAACUAUUUUAACGUGAUUUAUUUGAAUAAAAAAAUAAUCAUGAUUGUAGAUAACCUUUACAACGUGUGGAUUUCAUAAUACUUUUUGCUUCGAUUUCUAUUAUUCGAUAAAACAGUAGCAGAAAAAGUUGAAAAUAGCAAAUAAAAGCGAAAAGUUAUACAAAUAUUGGAUUAUGUAAAACGGAUAUAGUCACAGGUAUUGGCUGCACACUGGACAAAAAUUGAUGGUGGACACAAUACUCAGUUCCAAAAUGUAUGCCACUAAACGGAGACGUCGCACUGUCAAAAGUGUGAAGACUCCGACCAAAGAUCCGCCCAAGAGUAACCCUAGCAAGCGGCAUCGAGAACGUCUCAAUGGGGAGCUGGACCACCUGGCAAGCCUGUUACCAUUUGAGCAAAGUGUGAUCUCAAAGCUUGACAAGCUCUCAAUACUUAGGCUGGGUGUCAGCUAUCUCAGGGCUAAAAGCUACUUCCAAGCUGUGUUGCCAGGCAACCGAUACAAUCUGGACCAUGGGUUGUUAGGGAGAAGCCAUUUAUUUGCCGAUCCUUCAUUUUCAGAGGGAGAAAGUAUUUUACAGGCAUUAUAUGGUUUCCUGUUUGUUGUUACAUGUGACAGCGAGGUAUUCUAUGCCUCUCGGACUGUUGAACAGUACCUUGGAUUUCAUCAGUCUGAUAUUAUACAUCAAAGUGUAAUGGAACUGAUACACUCAGAAGAUCGGGAGGAAUUCAAACGCCAGCUCACUUGGAACUCAAUGUUACCCUCAGAUAAAUCAAAUCUUACCCUACAUGAAAUAAUGAUGCCAGAAAAUUACCACUAUCUACACCGGUCUUUCACAGUCAGAUUUCGCUGUCUCCUAGAUAACACAUCAGGAUUUAUAACCCUGGAAAUUAGUGGUUGGAUCCGAGUGAUGCAUGGCCAGCCAAACAGGUCAGAGGAACCACAGCUUGCCCUCUUUGCUACAUGCUGUCCCUUUGGCCCUCUGUCUCUGAUGGACUUACCUUCAAGGGAAUUAACUUUCAAGUCAAAGCACAAAAUGGAUUUCUCUCCCCUGUCGAUGGAUAACAGGGGACGUAUGAUGUUUGGCUACGGCGACCGGGAACUGGCCGGCAAAUCUGGUUAUGACCUCAUACAUCCAGAUGAUCUCAACUACUUUUCUGCCGCACACGGAGAAUUAAUAAAGACGGGUAGUGCUGGUUUAAUUGCGUACCGCUGGUUGACGAAGGACUACCAGUGGGUGUGGCUACAGUCUAGUUGUAAGGUCAUCUAUAAAAACAGUAAACCAGACUUUGUAAUCGCAACACAUCGACAACUUACGGAAGACGAAGGGCAAGACUUGUUUCACAAGCGUGGAAAUGAGUUUAAGUUGCCAUAUCCGUUACUUGACCUUGAUAUGUGCUCAGGAUUUGACUUCCCAAAUGACGACCUUGUCUCAAAAAUGAAGGGCAACAGAAACAAAAAGCCAAAAACUCAAGUCAGAGACUUUCUCCAAAAUAACAAAAAGCGUAAAAACGGAAAAGAGGGCAUGAACGGAUUUUACGGGACAUAUCCAGCAAUAAAUGGAUACGAAAACAGUGAAUACAAACCAGAGUUCUUGUACCAUUAUCCUAGUAAUAACAUUGGAAUAGAGUCAGAUUUGUUGUAUAAUCGGCCUCACACAUACGGUUCAUUAGGGGGAUCGAUGUACACGACCCCUGAUCCCUACAGACUUGAUAUUGAAAAACAUGGAUACACAAAUGGUUAUUAUCUAAGUGAUACGCAUAGACAAUAUCAACACACUUUAUCGUAUCAUAGCAACAGCUAUGCCGACCUUGUGACGCAAGGUUCAAAAUAUGGAUAUGGUUUAGACACAUACAGUCUUGAUUUAGCAAAGAAAGUUCAUUACAAUGAAGACUACGGCCGAGUAGACAAUGAUUUUAAAAAGUAUAGUUAUGAUUACCGGCCAGACUGGUUAACACAAAGAUUAAAUGGUGGCCUGGAACCAGUGGACCUAAGAUCAUCGUCAAUGUAUGCUAGUUCAUUGGAAACUGGAACCAGCUCUGCUCCUAACAUAUUCAAAGCUGAUUCUUGCCAGAGUUAUCUCCCCAACAAAGACUCCACUAAGGGAAUUAACUCACAUGAAGAUAUGAAUUCUGUGAAUGGAAAUUUACAAACAAUGAAUCAUAGUUCAGUGAUCAAAAAUAUGUCUAGUCCAAGACCUUUGACUCAGAAUCGUUGUUCGAGUGUUGAAAAUUUGAACAGUCCAAAUAAUUAUCAUACGACACAACAACAACAACAACAGCGUGGAAAUGUUAUACACAAUGGGUCAACUUGGUCACAAUGUGUGAAAACUGGACAAUCACUCAACCCAAGCCCAAUAAGUAACCCACACUCGGACAGUGGGAAUAGCCCUAAACAUGGGUUAGACAUUGGUGCCCGAGAUAUAAACAGAAAUCAUUUAACGGAUAAAACUGAGGGACUUCACAUCGGAGUAGAAAGCCCAAUGACGGGGGCAACCCCAGCAUCGGUCAUACAUUCGUCUGUGUCAUACAAAAAUAUCCAUGAUAGAUCAUGUGACAAGCAGCCAUUGGUUGGUGGAAUACCGGUACCCGUUGUAAAGUCACCGUGGAUGCACCAGUUCCCAGCAUCACAUAACACAUACUCAGAGUUCAAAGACCCCUGGACAGUCUCAACUAAUGACAUGUAUGCCUAUCAACGUACAACCCUGACCCAUGCCCCAAAAAUUGCCAUUCCUUAAUGAAAAGGGAACUAGAAAUAAAACUGAUUUUCAUGGAGGAUAUGAAUUUCAAUCAAUUUAUUGAGAAUUGAAAAUUUAUCAGAGUGAAUCAGCUGAAAAUAUAUAGUGCAGAAAUUUUAUUUUCUGUUAUCUUAGGACAUGACCAUCAAAAAACAUGAACUUGUUUUUGUUAAGUUAUGGUAGACGGAGCCUUGAUUGGAUGUGCAAAUUUAGAGGAAAACAGGGAAAUGUCUGCCUUGUUUGAAUCUCUUUGUAUUAUUGUCUCACUGUUUUGUUAGCGGAGAAAAAAAACUUUUUUGCUCAAUCUAUCUUAAUGAGCAGUAAGUGAUUUGUUGUUUUAAUAGGUUAUAGAAUGGUGCUGCUUCAAAAAAGUCUUGAAUUUUGAAAAACGAAGCUUUUACACUGUAUAUUGUCAGAGUGCAUGAGUCAAGGAUAUGGUCCUUUUACACUGUAUAUUGUCAGUGUGCAUGAGUCAAGGAUAUGGUCCUUUUACACUGUAUAUUGUCAGAGUGCAUGAGUCAAAGAUAUGGUCACAUGGGCAGUGGUGCAUCUCAAAAUCAGAGUUUAACUAUUACACAGGCAAUUGUCUUAGAAAAGUACAAUCAUUGUAGCAUGAAAUUUUCAAAAAUAUUUUAAUGCUUUUACAAAUUUCAGUAAGACAUCUUAAAGAUAAGGCAGUAAUUACUUGAAAGAUUUAAUUUGGCCAAUAGUUUACACAGGUGUCUCCUUGAAUAUGUAGCUACAUACAUCUGCUAAAUUUAAAAAUUUUGACAAAAAGAAAUAUAUGGCCAUUAGCCUUAAGGUAGUUCUGCGUGAUUAGAUUAAAAUUUUCUCUACAAUGCAGAAUUUGAUUAAGCUGUGAUUUUUCAGAACUUAAGAAUAUACUUAGGAAAUUCAGCAAAUAAAAAAGAUAGGGUCCUGUGCCUUUUUAUUCAGGAGUUACCAUUAAUUUAAAAACCAUUUCUGUAUCUGUCUACGUUAUCAAGAUAAAUGACGUUAUGCCAUUACUUCCGGUUUAUCAAACAUGCAGAACUACCUUAAAUCUGCUGAUACAUAUUAUAUCAUAUACACCUUUGUAAGAUUGUAUAGAAGAUCUCUUUUUGACAUAGAAUUUAUUGUAUAGAUCUUAAAGCUAUGAUUCUGUUGCUUUGCUUUCAUUUACUUUUCAUGAACUUAAAGGUGUGCCCCUCCAACCCUUCAUUUACAAGAAGAGGUGUCUGUUGGUUUUCAUUCAAUAACUGUAGAAAACUUGGGCCUAUAGAUGUUAAACUAAAUAGGAUGAUUGUCAGUAGAGAUUCCAUUGUUCCUUCUUGAAUAAGUGGUUCGGGUCAGGGGUCAAAGGUCAAGGUCACAACAAAAACAGUUUAAGGUCAAUAACCCCUUAAGCCUAAAACUCAAACUUCAUACCAGUAGGAUGGUAGCCUGUGGUGUCUAUUGUUUGGGAGUCAGUGAGUCACAAUAACCAGUCCAAAAUGCUUUCCAUUUGCUUGGGCCUGUGGCUGUUCCUCUUAAUUUGGUGAUGGCCUGUUGUCAGUAGGCAUCCCAUAAAGAUUUUAGAGUUGGUAGAUUACAGUUCAAGGUCAUAGUUACCUUGAGACUGAAGAUUGCUUACAAUCAAAAUUUCAAGGAUGUUUUGGCCUUAUGUGGUCAUAAAAUAACCCUUACUGUAUUUAAGAAUCAGUAGGUCAAAGUUCAAGGUCACAGAUACCUUGUGGCUGAAAACAGUCCCAAAUCAAUAACUGGAUAAUGCUAUGACCAAUGACUGUCACUGACUUAUGACUGUCAAACUUCAUAGAGUGAUUGUCUGUUGUCAUGUUGGCCCAAAUUGUUUUAGGAGUCAUUAGGUCAAUAGUCAAGCUAAAAGAUACUUUAGGACUGAAAAUGUGUUUUGAUAACAUGCCAAAAAAAGUUGGGUUUAUUAAUUUCGAACCUCAUAGAGUUAUGACCUUUUAUCAGUAGAUGACCCUUUUUGAUUUUUGGGGGUAAAAGGUCAAGGUCAUAGCAUGCUCAAGAUUGAAAUAACAUACUCUGUUACUACAAACAGGCCAUCUUUUUUCAAAUAAGGGCUCUUGUUUGAUUUUGUUAUAAAGAAAGCACUAUUUCUUUUAGUCUUAGGUUAUCUCAACCUUGAAUUUCAUUUACACCUGUCACGUUUAGAUAGAAAAUGUGAAGCAUUGUGUUAAAAAAGAACCAUAAAGAGGAAAAAAAGUCAUGAAUGCCUCUUCCAUUUGUGGAUAUUUAAUAACGAUGUAUGGUAACUUAUUUCUUUAGGUGAAAUAAGAAAUGAGUGUAAAACAUUGAAAUGAACAGAUUUUUGUAUGAAGCUGAAGAAGAUUAAAAAGAAAGUCUAUAAACAUUCCGACUCAGCAUGAUUUGUCAAAAUCAUAUUGUAAAUUUGUUUAAAAAGUGUAGAAUAUCACAUUCUGAUACACUAUGAAAGUUUAAUUGAUGUAUAUGCCAAAAAGAAAAUAUAUGUAUUAUAGAAUUAGAAAUUAUAUUUAUUUUAGAUGAAGAUUAUGAUAAUGAUGUUUUGUUUAUAUUUUGGCAUUUUAACACUGAAUUGUGUAAUUGUGCAAUACAGAACUGUAAAUAUGAUUUUGAAUUCCAUUUAAAGAAUUUAGCUGGAAAAUAUUGUUGUAUUCAGUGUUUUCUUCUUUGGAGUUUUUCUUCACAAAACUCUGUUGUGAUAAAAAAAAGUCUGUUGUAAAACAUGUUAGCUACAUGUCCACUUUGAUAACAAGGCUUAAAGUUGGAGACCAUUUUCUGAAAGUCGCUUCACCAUUUGUCAUUUUGCCAGACUGAUCUCAAUAUCAGUAGAUCAGGGUUCAAGGUUAUAAAACCAGAGUUUGUAGACCAGUUGCAUAAUUCCAUCAUCUGAUUGACCAGUGCAGAACUCAGUCUUGAAAUGGACCAAUGGCAAGGCUACACUUAGACUGGUCUCCACUCUCAGCUUUUGGAGCUUGGACCAAUCACAAAGAUUUUUUCCUAGCAAAUUUUCAUUUGCUGUAGCCUCCUAAAUUUUGUUAUGAUCAAAGGGACUUUGUCAUGCCAUUUUCACAACAAAUAAAUAUACAUUUUGUAUCAGAAUAGUAUAAAAAAAGUCAUAAAUGAUUUCAGAUUCAAGCUUAUAUAUUUGUUGUCCAUUUCAAGGAAUAGCUGAAAUUUUGCUGGUUUUCAUCAAACUUUGUAGGUGUUUUUGUUUUGUUUUGAUUUUUUAAAAAAAAUAUUUCUUGAAACAUAUGGAUUUGAAUUUGCAAGUACUUUACAAAGGAAUGGGAUACUUUGUCAAUUUAAAAAAAAUUGAAAUGAAUCUUUAGGCAAGUCCCUUUAACAUUGAAUGGAAAAUGAGUAUCAUUUGAGUACAAAAUCAGUCAUUUGUGAAAUUAAAAAAGCAUGCUAUUAAUUUCAUUGUACAUGUUCACAUACAGUCAGCUUCACCCUGACAAUGUCAGCAAAAUAGAAUGUUUAUUUUUAGACAUCUUAGCAAAAAAUUGUCUUUUGGUUCGUGUAAAUCAAUGGCACUGUUUAUGUAUGUCCAGCAUCCUUUAUAAUUAAAUACAGCUGUUUGAACUUUCAUUAUUUUUUAGCAUUCAGUACAAGACAAACAUCAAUUUAAAGAUCUCAGUAAGUAUUUUCAAAGAUGUUGAAGGUACCAUUUGAAGUAUGAAGGUUAAAAAAUGACUGAUUCUCAGUGUUCAUUUUCACAUUUUUUUUGUCUUACAGAAAAAUUUCAAAAUAAUAAGAUUGAUGAGAAAAAAGGCUAAUAGAAUUUUUUUUGAAAUCAUCAAAGUUGCGUCUAUGGGCAUAAUUAAACUUGUGUUUUGACCCUUUAUCUCACUGACCUACAAACUAUGCUUUUUUUGGAAUAGGAAUUGUAAAAUAAAAACUGUAUAUUGCUGACCAAUUUGCAUGUUUUGAAAUAGUGAGACUUACUAUGAAAUCAAUAAAGUUGACAGGUAAUAGUAUAUAUUUUCUGAAAUACGGUAUUUAUAAAAAUUCACACCACUUCAGUUUUAGAUCUUUAAUCCAUUAAAUGUUUAAUCCUUUCAGUUUUAUUGAGAAAUAAAUGAGAAAUCGCCGGAAAAAGAGGCCAUUAUGAAUUAUGAAAAUCAAAAUGAAAUAUCCUGCAUUUAACCAGGAUUCUAUUUAUUUACUCUCCUGAAAAUGGAAUGUUUACUGCAUUUACUUAUCACGUUAAAACUUGUCAAAGCUUUGUUGUUGUUGUUGCUAUCUGCUAAACAGAGAUGUACCUCCUCCACCUUCGUACACACAUUCUUAACCCUUUGGCACAUAUUCGUCAGAGUUCUGUGUCUAAAAAUCACACUUGAAUUUUCAGUUUCUGGCAUCUACCAAUACUGCUGAAACUUCUCCUAACCUUUGGUAGUAGUUGGAGCUACACUCGUGAAAAGUUUUAUCAAAUUUCACUCAAAUUUUGUAAAACUGUUACAAAAACAAAUUAGUAAGACUUUUUUUAUAAUAUUCAUGAUAAAAAGCCCAGCUCCUAGAUUGCAAAAAUUACAAUUGUGUAAUAUGCUUUGGCCAAAACUUGCUGUUUAAAAAACUGUCAGAUUAAUUCUGUUCUUUUUUUUUCAAAGAUUAUAGUGCCCAAAACAUUUCCAUUGUCUCUAUUCAAAUUGACAAACUACAAAAACUGCAGCUUUACAGGGGAAACAAAUUAAAAUUGUCUCAAAGUCAUGCAAAAAGCCCGAGUUCCAAAACUGUCAGAAAAUGUAAUUUAGUCUUCCAGCUAAUAUAAAAAUUGCUUAAGUUGCAGUGUGUGGCAGAAUUGCUCUGUUUUUAGUUUUCCGCUAAUGUAGAUCAAGUUCAUGUUUAAUCAGUCUUUUCUGAUUGGAUAAGUAUGCUACAUGAAUUCCCACAUUUAAUGAUGAAAAAAGAUAAAUUACCCAAAAAUGUAGGUUUGGCAAUUUGAAUGGUGACCAUAUAUAUGGCGAGCAUACAUAUAUUAAAAUUUUGUACAUGUUUCCAAAAUUCUUGCCAUCAUAUAUACUUCCAAAAUAUUAUGCCUGCAUAUUUUGUUAAUGCGGCCUGUUUCAGAAUUGUUCAAAAUUCCAAGAAACAUGGAAUAAAAUACGGUUCCACUGUAAUUUAAUCUAUAAUAACAACAGUCAUUGCCUCUUCAUGUAAAUUUGUUGAACAAUUUAAAAUCAGGUUAAUGUCCAACUACGUCUUUGUUUGAAACUUUAUCUACAAUAGAAGGUCUUUGCUGAUGCUUCUAAGAGUCAUUUUUUACCAAUUAUUAUUAAAGAGAAUGCAUUUUCCUCUUAUUUUCCAUUUUAAGAUUAUUAUUAGCUCCUAUUUUGAAAUGUGAUUAUUCUUAGUUUGAUUUUUAAACUAGUUUGAGAAUGUCAUUAAACACCAAAUUACAGACUGGUUAAAGAUUAUAUUUAUCUCCAAAUUUCAGACUAGUUUCAAAUUAUAUUUAUAUUCACUUUCAAGGUUGGAUUGAGAUAAUAUUUACCUCCAGUUUCCAAACUUCUGUAAUGUUUAGGUUACAGUUUCUUUUGGUUUGAUCUGAGAACUCCAAUUCAACUAUAAUUACUACACUGACAAAAAAGUAGGAAAGUUUAAAAUGCGUCAAACUAAGAAAAAAUACUGUGAAAUUCACAUGAUUCUUGUAAAAGUUCAUUGAAAGUAUAAACAUCAUUUGUUUUAGCCCAUGCUCCAUUAUUUAAUGUUCUUAAAAUGCCAUACUUGGUACUAGUAUUUGAAAAUAACACGAGAAAGACUUGAAUACUAUCAGCUGUAUGAUAUUUGAUUGUGCUUUGUCUCUGAUUAAAACCUACAACACCAGCAGAUGCUUGCAUUUAGAUUGCUAUUUUGUACAAUAGUUUAAUCUGUUCCUGUAUAUUCUGUUAUUUAACUGUCACUAUGAAUUAUUGUUAUUGUAUAUUUUUGUCAGGAUCCAAAAUAUACCAUUUGUUUCUCAUUAAAAAUGAUAUUAAAUCUCAAACGA